AUGGGGACUGGGUCAGGUGGCCUGGGAGCUGGCCACAGGGCAAUGACAGGUUCAGGGGGCCUGGGAGGCGGCCACAGGACAGGGACAGGAUCAGGAGGCCUGGGAGGCAGCCUCAGGACCACAGCCAUGGGGAACUCCGGGGUCGGAGCCGAGGUAGGCGGAGCCAUGGAAGUUUCUGGUAGCGGAGCCAUGGAGGGUGGAGCCGUGGAAGACCCAGGUGGCAGAGCCAUGGGUGGCUCAGGAGGUGGAACCGUAGAAGGCUCUGGAACGGAGCCGUGGGAGGCUCAGGAGGCGGAGCUGAGGGAGGCUCAGGAGGCGGAGCCGAGGAAGGCUCGGGACGCUAAGGAGUCAGAGCCGAGGGAGGCGGAAACAUGGAAAGCUCUGGAGGGUCAGGGGGCGGAGCCAUGGGAGGCUCAGGAGGUGGAGCCGAGGGAGGCUCAGGAGGCGGAGCCGAGGAAGGCUCGGGAGGCGGAGCCGAGGGAGGUGGAGCCACAGGAGGCUCUAGGGACGGAGCCCUGGAAGGCUCUGGAGGCGGAGUCGUGGGAGGCUCAGGAGGCGGAGCCCUGGGACGGUCGAGGCUACUGGCGCUGGCUCUGGGACGGUCGAGGCUACUGGCGCUGGCUCUGGGACGGUCGAGGCUACUGGCGCUGGCUCACUGACGUACGAGGCUACAGGCACUGGCUCACUGACGUUCGAGGCUACAGGCACUGGCUGGUUGGCCAUGGUAGGUGGAGGCUGGAGGGCAGAGGCCUUUCCUUUUCCCCUCCUCCUGUGGGCGGACGAGACUGGCAACGCUGGAUCGCUGACCAUGGCAGGCGUGGGCUCGGGCUCGCUGACCGUGGUAGGCAUGGGCUCGGGGUCGCUGACUGUGGCAGGCGUGGGCUGGGGAGCGGAAGCUUUUCUUCUCCUCCUCCUCCUCCGGGCGGACGAAGUUGGAGCGCUGGCUCAUUGAUCAAGGAAGGCGUGGGGGUUGGCUUGCUGGCAGGUGGGGCAGGCGUGAAAGGAUGA